AUGCGCCAAACGCUUCGACGCUCCUGUGCUGCCUGUGCCAAAGCCAAACAUAGCUGUGACCUCCGCACCCCACGCUGCUCACGUUGUCUUAAGCGCCAAGUCCCAUGCCUCUACGCGAAUGAGCCAUUAACGGCAUCGACUUCUACCAUAGAUGGAUCUCUGGAGGUCUGGUUUCUUUCCAUCGGACUGGCCGCCUCAGCUGGUACAGACUAUUAUCAAUGGUUUAUGGGAAUAGCACGUGCCGUCGCUGCUUGUGCUCAGCUGUACUCCUGGAGCGAUGUCCUCGUUCCCAUAAAGAGCGUACUAUGGCUGGAGACAUCACAGAAUGAAGAUAUCUUCCGACCUCACUGGGACGCUGUAUUUUGUACUGCAAGUCAAUCAGAGUCUUCGAUUUUGACGACUCAUAUAUCAUCAAGCAGCACUGGCACAGGAUCUCUGGACAACGUGAUCUUACCAACCAGAUUUUUACCAGGCAGAUCAUAG